CCUAAAGCAAGGCCAAAAAGUGAUUUUUAUAAGCAGCCACUUAUACGAUCACCGAAUUAAUGUUGCUCAAACAAAUACAUAUUUUUUUGGAAUUACCUGGUGUGAGAAAUUAACAUGGCAACUGCUCAAGAUAUUAUUGAUGCUGGUUUGGCAACUGUGGCAGCUGAAUAUGAAGUCUCAAUGUCAAAGAGCGAAGAGGAAAAACCUGUAGUCAGGAGUAAAAAACAACGUAUACCUGUAGACAGGGUUUUUAGACAGGAUGGGACUGUUGAAAUAGACAAGGUAGAAGUUGAUAGUGAUGUUGAAAUUGAUGAAAUAAAAGAAGAGAAUGAAGGAAUGUAUUACAUUUGUCAAGUUUGUGCCAAACCAUUUGAUUCUAAAAAAGAUGUUGAACUACAUCUAGCAACGCAAGAGUGUAAAGGGAUGGAAAAGGAAGUGAAAGAAAUGUACGAAUGUGGAGAAUGUAAAGUUCUUUGCUCGUCUAUGAAUAGUCUGGCAUCGCAUAUGAUGGUUCACAAGCAGAAAGUGAUAGUUGUGCGACACGGACUCAACGAACACCUGACAAGAGUAGGCUACACGUGUACUACGUGUCACAAAGUGUUAGGGAGCAAAGGAAAUCUUGCAAAACACCAGAUUAUUCACAUGGGAGUUAAACCGUAUAAAUGUAGCUUCUGCAACAAAGAGUUCUCGUUGAAGGGGAAUCGGGACAAGCACGAGCUGAUCCAUACGGACAAGAGAGCGCAUCAGUGUCAGAUCUGUUCGAAAAAAUUUACUUUGAAAGGCAAUCUUCAGCAACACAUACUGACUCAUUCAACCGUGAAGUUUUUCCGCUGUUACCUCUGUGAUAAAGAGUUUACUUUAAAAGGUAAUUUAGAUAAGCAUAUCAAGAGGCAUGCCAAUGGUUUACCGGUUCAAAAAGUGAGUAAUAAAAGUGAAUCAAGUCGGAGAACGGUAGUUAGUUCUGACGGUAAUGAAGAUGGUAAACAACAAGUUUCAGGGUCUGUUAAAAGUUUUAAUAUCAAAAUAGAUGGGCUAAUUGGUAGUUUAAAGGCAAAAAUAGAACAUUCUCAGAUGGAAACGGAAGAUUUUGAUGAAAUUGCUGAAGGGGAAGAGAUGAAUGAAUACAUUCAAGGAGUUGUUAUUGAUGAUAACACUGCUGAAGAACAGGUUGUUGAAACAGAAGAAGACGCGGAGGCAAAUGAAAAUGGUGACAUAGUUCAAAAUUUAUGAACAAUGUUAAUAAUAAAUAAUAAAAUUAACAACAGUCAGAACAGGAUUACUAGUGAUUGAUUAAGUUCUUCUCUAGAUUACCUAAAGUUUAACAUUACUACAAUCCAGUCUUAUUUCUAAGGACCCAAAACAAACUGUUACAUAUUACACUCUUGUGUUUUUCAUAACUUAUGUUCACUAUUUACUAUACUAUCUUUUUUUCCUCAGGGGAUUUCAGAUUUCUGAUAAAAAAUCCCAAUCCAGACAUUAACAUGUUUUGAACUGUGAAUUUUGUGAAUUAACAUAAGAACUACAAUAUAGAAGUUUAAAUACGUAAUUAAG